GAGUGGCAGCUGACACGGGGAGAAAGAAACAGAUUGAGAACGAGAAGAAGGAUGACAGUAUAUGAAGAUAAAUAAGGCGCAAUCAAAACAAUAGGGCAUAGUGCGGGAGGGAGUGAGACGCGGAGAGAGGGGAGCGAGAGAGAAGAGUAAAGGGACGAGUGAGAAAGGAAGAUAUAGAAGGGGGAGUGUGUGUUUGAGAUAGAGGGAGAGAGAAGGGACGAGAGAGGGAGAGAGGGUGCAAGCGAGAGAGAGAGAGAGUGAGAGAGAGAGAGGGGGGGAGAGAGAGAGAAAGCAGUCGGUCCAUUGAAGAAAGAUGGCUACAGUCACUGCGAACGGAGUGCAGCAAGAGAAUGGAUUCAGCACCACGAACAGCGCCAGCAGGAUGAACGGACUUAGCAUAGUACAGAACACCAUUCCCAUGAAAGACCAUGACGCCAUCAAGUUGUUUAUCGGGCAAAUACCGAGAAACCUGGAGGAGAAAGACCUUAAACCCCUGUUUGAGGAAUUCGGGAAGAUAUACGAACUCACCGUGCUGAAAGACAGGUUUACAGGAAUGCAUAAAGGAUGUGCCUUUCUCACGUACUGUGCCAGGGAGUCUGCACUGAAGGCCCAGAGUGCCCUGCACGAGCAGAAGACCCUGCCUGGGGUAAGUCACCUGGUCCCUACCCCCACCUUGCUUAUCCUUGGGGGAACUACCUCAAGCACUCAGCGGGGGACAGAGAGGGGGCCCAGGCUGCGUGUGGACCCAGUGCCUUUGAACGGCGCCCCGACCCGCCUCGCGAGGCUCACCACCGCCAACGGCAGCGGAGGCGAGAUGAAAGCCUUCCGACUCUCUGUCAUGUCGGACAGAGAGCAGUUUCCGCUGCCGAGCGCUUGGGGCGAGUAG